GUGUGAGUGUGUGCUCAGUCUGUCACACCCCGGCUCACUUCCUUGUUAGAGCAAAUACACAAAGAUUGUCAGAAGCAUGCACGCUUCUCCGUGCACGCGAUAACGCGCUUCUCGUCCUGAGAACUUCUUGAAGAGUUUUGUUGUCGUCACGCGGAACCCGGCAGUGCGCGAGGAGGCGGACUCAGGGAGACCUGGACAGAGACACGUACGGAGACACGCACGGAGACUUGUGGCUCUACAGCGGCAGACGGGGACACUAGAGACAGGUGUGAGCGCGUGAGGGGGACCGUUUCCGUCUUCCCGCGUCGCGUGGCCCGGACCCGGCUCCAGCAUGUCGGACUCGGCCUCCAGCUUCCUCCACAUCGGGGAUAUCGUGUCCCUGUUCGCGGAGGGUUCCGUCAACGGCUUCAUCAGCACCCUGGGGCUGGUGGAUGACCGCUGUGUGGUGGAACCGGCUGGUGGAGACCUGGAGAACCCUCCAAAAAAGUUCCGAGACUGCCUGUUUAAAGUUUGUCCCAUGAGUCGAUAUUCUGCUCAGAAACAAUUCUGGAAAGCAAAGCAAGCAAAGCACGAGAAGGACAAAAUCGCUGAUGUGGUGCUGCUGCAGAAACUCCAGCAUGCCUCUAACUUGGAGCAGAAGCAGAACGAGACGGAAAAUAAGAAAGUCCACGGAGACGUCGUGAAGUACGGAACCGUCCUGCAGCUGCUCCACAUGAAGAGCAACAAGUACCUGACGGUGAACAAGAGGCUGCCGGCGCUGCUGGAAAAGAACGCCAUGCGGGUCACGCUGGACGGGACGGGGAACGAGGGCUCCUGGCUCUUCAUCCAGCCCUUCUGGAAGCUUCGGGCCAACGGGGACAACGUGGUUGUGGGGGAUAAAGUGAUCUUGAACCCGGUGAACGCCGGUCAGCCGCUUCACGCUUCAAAUUAUGAACUGAGCGACCACCCAGGCUGCAAGGAGGUGAACUCGGUGAACUGCAACACAAGCUGGAAGAUCAACCUGUUCAUGAUGUUCAGUGACCAUCGAGAGGAGGUCCUGAAAGGGGGCGAGGUGGUUCGCUUGUUUCACGCCGAGCAGGAAAAGUUUCUCACCUGCGACGAGUACAAGAGCCAAAACCACGUCUUCCUGCGGACGACCCUGAGGCAGUCAGCCAGCUCGGCUACCAGCUCCAAUGCACUGUGGGAGAUAGAGGUUGUCCAUCAUGACCCGUGUCGCGGGGGGGCGGGACACUGGAACAGCCUCUAUCGCUUCAAACACCUGGCUACCGGCAACUACCUGGCUGCGGAGGAGAACCCUGGGUACAAAGGAGACCACGCGGAGCCGGUGUCCUCGGUGAGUCUGCUUGUCGACGCCGGCGAGUCUGAAAGCGAUAAAAUGGACAGUCGCAGCAUCAAACGCUCCCACGGCGAGAGGAUCAAGUACAAGCUGGUGGCGGUGGCUCACGGGAGCGACAUCGCCUCACUUUUCGAGCUAGACCCGACGACGCUGCAGAAGACCGACUCAUUUGUUCCGCGGAACUCGUACGUACGGCUGAGACACCUGUGCACCAACACCUGGAUCCAGAGCACCAACGUCCCCAUCGACAUCGACGAGGAGAGGCCCAUCAGGCUCAUGUUAGGAACAUGUCCCACCAAAGAGGACAAGGAGGCCUUCGCCAUCGUCUCCGUCCCUGUAAUGGAGAUCAGAGAUCUGGACUUUGCCAACGACGCCAGCGCCAUGCUGAGCACCGUGGUGGAGCAGUUCAGCCAGGGCUUCAUCAGCCAGAACGACCGGCGGUUUGCCAUUAAACUGCUCGAGGACGUGGUGUUCUUCGUGGCUGAUGUCAUCAAUAGCGGUCAGGCGGUCCUGGAUGUGACCAUGACCAAAGCCAACCGAGAGAGGCAGAAGCUGAUGAGGGAGCAAAACAUCCUCAAACAGAUCUUCGGCAUCCUGAAGGCUCCCUUUAAAGACCGGGGCGGAGGGGAGGGUCCUCUGCUGCGUCUGGAGGAGCUGGCAGACCAGAAAAACUCUCCCUACCAGUACAUGUUCAGACUCUGCUACAGAGUCUUGAGACACUCCCAGGAGGACUACCGCAAGAACCAGGAACACAUAGCGAAGCAGUUCGGGGUGAUGCAGAGUCAGAUUGGUUACGACAUCCUGGCCGAGGACACCAUCACCGCCCUCCUGCACAACAACCGGAAAUUGUUGGAGAAGCACAUCACCAAGACCGAGGUAGAGACCUUCGUCAGCCUGGUCCGCAAGAACCGAGAGCCCAGGUUUCUCGACUACCUGUCGGACCUUUGUGUAUCCAACAACAUCGCCAUCCCCGUCACUCAGGAGCUCAUCUGUAAAUGUGUGCUGGAACCCAAAAACCAGGACAUCCUCAUCAAGACAGAACGUCGUGUGCCCAAAGAUGCGCCCACUGGUGGUGGUCAGGCGGACUACCUGGGGAUGGAUGACUAUGGAGAUGAGGAUGAGGUGUGGCUGGUGUGGACGGACAAAACCAAUGAGAGACAGGAGAAGGGCAUCAGACAGUUGGCUCAGGAGGCGAGACAAGGGAAUGCCCACGAUGAGAACGUCCUCACAUACUACAGGUACCAGCUGAAGCUCUUUGCGCGAAUGUGUCUGGACCGCCAAUACCUGGCCAUCGAUGAAAUCUCCAAGCAGCUGGACGUAGAGCUCAUCUUCCUGUGCAUGAUGGACGAGACGCUGCCCUUUGACCUUCGAGCAUCCUUCUGUCGCCUCAUGCUCCACGCCCACGUAGACCGAGACCCUCAGGAACUGGUGACACCUGUCAAGUUUGCCCGCCUAUGGACAGAGAUCCCUACCUCCAUCACCAUCAAAGAUUAUGACUCCAACAUGGACGACAGCAGGGACAACAAGAAAAACCGGUUCUCUAAUACAAUGGUGUUCAUGGAGGAAUAUCUCAACAACGUCCUGAACGACGAGCUUCCUUUCCACGACGAGGAGAAAAACAAACUCACGUAUGAGGUGGUGAGCUUGGCCAGACAUUUGAUCUACUUUGGUUUCUACAGUUUCUUCGAGCUGCUCCGACUCACCAGAACCCUGCUAGGCAUCAUCGACUGUAGACCCCAUCCUGGGUACAAUGGGCUUUUAUUACAUGAUGAUGGAUCAGGGAAGAACGUAAAACGCUCUAUCCAUGGGAUGGGUCAGAUGAUGUCCACCAUGGUCCUUAGCAGGAAGCAGUCCUUAUUUGGAGGUGCCGGAGCCAGAGGGGCAGGAGUAGGGGCGGGACUUGCGAUUGAUGGACAGAGAGGCAGCAAAGAUAGCAUCGACAAGAUGGACCUGACGGUGAUGGAUACGAAGCUGAAGAUACUGGAGAUACUACAGUUCAUCCUCAACGUGCGUCUGGACUACCGCCUCUCCUUUCUGCUGUCGGUGUUCAAGAAGGAGUUUGUGGACGUUUAUCCGAUGGCCGACGCCGACGCCACCACCAACAUGGAGCACGCAGCCACCAUCAACCUGCAGCACAUCGGCGAGCAGGCCGAGGCCAUGUUUGGAGUCGGGAAGGGGAACAGCAUCCUGGAGGUGGACGACGAAGGCGGCCGUAUGUUCCUGCGAGUGCUAACCCACCUCACCAUGCACGACUACCCCCCCCUGGUGUCUGGAGCCCUGCAGCUGCUCUUCAGGCACUUCAGCCAGAGACAGGAAGUGCUGCACACCUUCAAACAGGUCCAGCUGCUGAUCUCGGCUCAGGACGUAGAGAACUACAAGCUGAUCAAAGCGGAUCUGGAUCGUCUGCGUACGCUGGUGGAGAAGUCUGAGCUGUGGGUAGAGAAGAAGAGCUCAGGUGGAGAAGACGGGAAGAAGGACAAGAAGGACAAAGGACAGGGGGCAUCAGAGAAGGCGACGCCACAGAAGGACACGCAGGAGAAGGGCAACGAGAACUACCAGAAGGUCAAAGAGAUCCUGGAGCGGCUGAACAAGAUGUGCAGCAGUGGAGUCUGGAAGAAGCAGCAAAGGCUGCUGAAGAACAUGGGAGCCCACAAAGUGAUGCUGGACCUGCUGCAGGUGUCCUACGACCUGAACGACGUGAAGAUGCAGGAGAUCAUCAGGUACACUCAUCUGUUCCUGCAGAAGUUCUGCACGGGGAACCAGGAGAACCAGACUCUGCUGCACAAGAACCUGAGCCUCUUCCUGAACCCCGGGCUGCAGGAGGCGGAGACGGUGCAGCACAUCUUCUGCAACAACUACCAGCUGUGCAGCGAGAUCUCUGAGAGCGUCCUGCAGCACUUCAUCCACUGCCUGGCCACGCACGGCCGCCACGUCCAGUACCUCAACUUCCUCCACACCAUCAUCAAGGCCGAGGGCAAGUACGUGAAGAAGUGUCAGGACAUGAUCAUGACGGAGUUAACCAACGCCGGCGAGGACGUGGUGGUCUUCUACAACGACAAGGCCUCCUUCAACGUGAUGCUGGAGCUGAUGGCGGAGAGCAGGGAGGGGGUCGGAGACAGCAGCCCGCUCAGGUAUCACAUCUCUCUGGUGGAGCUCCUGGCAGCCUGCGCUGAGGGGAAGAACGUCUACACGGAGAUCAAGUGUACGUCCCUGCUUCCUCUGGAGGACGUGGUCCGAGUGGUGACCCACGAGGACUGCAUCACCGAGGUGAAGGUGGCCUAUGUGAACUUUGUAAAUCACUGCUAUGUGGACACAGAGGUGGAGAUGAAGGAGAUCUACACGUCCAAUCACAUCUGGAAGCUGUUUGAGGACUUCACUGUGGACAUGGCCCGGGUUUGCAAAAAGCGUGAGAAACGUUUGUCUGAUCCCAUCCUGGAGAAAUAUAUCAUCAACGUGGUGUUCGACACCAUCAACGCCUUCUUCAGCUCCCCCUUCUCUGAGAACAGCACGUCUCUGCAGACUCACUACACCAUUGUGACUCACCUGCUCCAGUCCUCUGUCCGGCUGCUGGACUGUCCCUGGCUGCAGCAGCAGCAUCGAGGACAAGUGGAGACCUGCAUCAAGACCCUCGCUAUGACAGCUAAGAGUCGCUCCAUCUCUCUAUCUCUGGACCUGGAGGCUCAGAUCAGCAUCAUGUUGUCUAGCUCCGCACACAACUCUCUGUCCCGCUCCAACCCCAACUACAAGUCCUCCUCGAGGUCCUCCCGGCCCGUCGCCCCCAGCAACCCCUGGGACUACAAGAACAUCAUUGAGAAGCUGCAGGACAUAAUUAACACCCUGGAGGAGCGUCUGAAGCCUCUGGUGAAUGCUGAGCUAUCGGUGCUGGUGGACGUCCUCCACCAGCCGGAGCUUCUCUUCCUGGAGGGAACUGACGCCCGGCAGCGCUGCGAGUCGGGGGGCUUCAUCUCCAAGCUGAUCCAACACACCAAAGCACUGAUGAGUUCAGAGGAGAAGUUGUGCAUCAAAGUUCUGAGAACUCUGCAGGAAAUGCUGAUCAGGACUCUGGACUUUGAUGAGAAGGGAAUCUCCCUGCGGAAGGUGCUGCUGCAGAACUACUUGUUCCCGAACAAGAAGAACCACCUGAAGACGGAGCUGGCCGAGCUGGGAGCCGCGGGCGGGGAGCAGGAGCGGGACUGGGCGGCCGUGGCCUCCGUUCAGUGUCGCCUGGACAGAGAAGGAGGAACCAAGCUCUUCACCGACCUGGUCAUGAGCUCCAAGAAUGACAAGAUCUUCCAGGAGAGCAUCCAGCUGGCCAUCUGUUUGCUGGAGGGGGGGAACACAGAGAUACAGAACUCCUUCUACAAGCUGAUGAUGGGAGACAACAAGUCGGAGAAGUUCUUCAAAGUUCUCCACGAGCGGAUGAAGGAGGCGCAGACGGACAUCAAGGCCACGGUGUCGGUGAACGUGGGCGAGAUGACGCACAAGGCCAGUGAGAAGGAGCUGGAGACUGGUGGCUCGGCGGCCCUGGUGCUUCCUGGGACAGGAAGUCACCCGUUGUUGUCCCAGUCCAUCGCCCCGGCGGCCUCCGCCCUGCCCGUCCCGCCGGCGGUGGAGCAGAGGGAGGUGGAGAUGGAGAUGGGGCCGGCCGUGACCAUCAUGAAACCCAUCCUGAGGUUCCUGCAGCUGCUCUGUGAGAACCACAACCACGACCUGCAGAACUUCCUGCGAUGUCAGAACAACAAAACCAACUACAACCUGGUGUGCGAGACGCUUCAGUUUCUGGACAUCAUGUGUGGAAGCACCACCGGGGGCCUGGGCCUGCUGGGCCUCUACAUCAACGAAUCAAAUGUCCACCUGAUCACUCAGACCUUGGAGACACUCACUGAGUACUGCCAGGGCCCGUGCCAGGAGAACCAGACCUGCAUCGUGACCCACGAGUCCAACGGCAUCGACAUCAUCACAGCGCUGAUCCUGAAUGACAUCAGUCCUCUGUGUCGGUAUCGGAUGGAGAUGGUGCUCCAGCUGAAGGAUAACGCCUCCAAGCUGCUGUUGGCUCUGAUGGAGAGUCGCCAUGACAGCGAGAACGCAGAGAGGAUCCUGUUCAACCUCCGACCUCGAGAGCUGGUAGAGGUGAUAAAGAAGGCCUACCAACAGGACAGUGAGUGUGAGGGGGGGGAGGUUUCUCCCCGCGAGGUGGGACACAACAUCUACAUCCUGGCUCAGCAGCUGGCCAGACACAACAAGCUCCUCCAGAACCUCCUGAAACCUCAGAAGAACAGUAAAGAGGGAGAGGAGGGAAUCUCCUCUAUGUUGAACAACCUGAACAACCGCCCUCUGUCCCAGAUGUUGAAGUCUUCAGCUCCAGCUGCUGUGGUGGAACAGGACCCUCUGGAGUACUACGACCUGCUCACCUCACAGAUAGAGAUCGUCCGUGACGACCGCAGCAUGGAGCAGAUCGUGUUUCCGGUUCAUCCCAUCUGUGAGUUUCUGACCGAGGAGUCAAAGACCAGAGUGUUCAACACCACAGAGCAAGACGAGCAGGGGUCAAAGGUCACGCACUUCUUCGAGCAAACCUCCUUCCUGCACGGGGAGAUGGAGUGGCAGAAGAAGCUGAGGAGUAUGCCGGUGUUGUACUGGUUCUCCGGGAGGAUGUCGCUGUGGGGAACCAUCUCCUUCAACCUCGCCGUCUUCAUCAACCUCAUCAUCGCCUUCUUCUACCCCUACGCUUCAGGACAAGCGGGGGCCAUCGAUGACUCCCUGCUGCUGAUGCUGUUCUGGAUCCUGGCGGGCCUCUCGGUUCUGGGUCUGUUCUCUCAGCGGUACGGCCUGCAGCCUCUCACCAUCGCUCUGAUCCUCCGCUCCAUCUACCACCUCGGCAUCGGCAACACACUCAUCCUGCUGGGCUCCCUCAACCUGAUCAACAAGGUGGUGUUUGUGGUGAGCUUUGUGGGAAACAACGGGACGUUUAUUAUGGGAUACAAAGCCAUGGUGAUGGACGUGGAGUUCAUCUACCACCUGGCCUACGUCCUCACCUCCACCCUGGGACUGUUUGUCCACGAGCUCUUCUACAGCAUCCUGCUGUUUGACCUGAUCUACCGGGAGGAGACCCUGUUCAACGUGAUAAAGAGCGUGACCCGUAACGGGCGCUCCAUCCUGCUGACGGCUCUGCUGGCGCUUAUCUUGGUCUACCUGUUCUCCAUCGUGGGCUUCCUGUGCCUGAAGGACGACUUCAUCAUGGAGGUGGACCCGCUGCUCCAGCUGGCUGCAGCUCCUCAGCAGAAUGAGGCCUCUCAGGACUUCCUCAAGUCGUGUUCUACUGACGGAGUCAGCUGCUCCUCGGAGGCCGUUGCCGAGGACGAAGCAGAGCCGGACGCAGAGCGAGCAUGCGACACCCUGCUGAUGUGCAUCGUCACCGUGCUGAACCACGGGCUGAGGAACGGAGGGGGGGUUGGGGACGUGCUGCGUAAACCCUCCAAGAACGAGCCGUUGUUUGCGGCGCGUGUCGUUUACGACCUGCUCUUCUACUUCAUCGUCAUCAUCAUCGUCCUCAACCUGAUCUUCGGCGUAAUCAUCGACACAUUUGCAGACUUGAGGAGCGAGAAGCAGAAGAAGGAGGAGGUGCUGAAGACCACGUGCUUCAUCUGCGGUCUGGAGAGAGACAAGUUUGACAACAAAACGGUGUCCUUCGAGGAGCACAUCAAGCUGGAGCACAAUAUCUGGAACUACCUGUACUUCAUUGUCUUGGUGCGUGAGAAGAACAAGACGGACUACACUGGACCCGAGAGCUACGUGGCCCACAUGAUCAAAAACAACAACCUGGACUGGUUCCCACGGAUGCAGGCGAUGUCUCUGGUGGUAACCGACGGCGACGGGGAGCAGAACGAGAUGAGGAUGCUGCAGGACAAGCUGGCGUCGACGAUGAAGGUGGUGAUCACGCUGACCACCCAGCUGACGGAGCUGAAGGAGCAGAUGACCGAGCAGAGGAAGAGGAGGCAGAGGAUGGGAUUCGCUGACCACCAAUCAGGAGCCGGCGCCGCGCUGCCACCGAGCGCCGCGGGGGGGAACCACCAGAUGUACAAAUCAUAAACCCAAUGCAGAAAAUAUCGGUAGAGGGUUAACUUGAGCCAUAAAAACACAGAUUUCCAGUUAGCUUUAGCUUUAGCUCCGGAUGUGUAAAAGAAAGAACUGGUUUGGUUCAUCCUCCUUCAGUCUCUGUUUCUGGGUCAUUGUGAGACUUUAGGAAGAUGUUGUUGUGAUUCUAGUUUGGGCCACAAGAGGCAACAACACCUCACGCUGCGACAUCGUCCAUGUAAUGAGGUUAUUUUAGCUUCAGUGGACGGUUCAUUGUUAAAAUGAACAACACAACAAAGCAGUAGAAUGUUUUUGAAAUUUAGAGAAAAAAGGAAGGAUCCAUUGGAGCCAAAUCCAGGUCAAAAGUUUUGUUAAUUCGAAAAAAAAAUGUGAAUCUGAAAGUUCAGGUUUUGUUGUUGAACAUUGAAAAAUGCAACACUGUAUUCAAAAUAAAAAUAAGUGGACAAAAAAUAUUUUUUCUUUUAACACUGUAGCUAGCUCAGUACAGACACUGGAUUAUACUAAAAUAAUCUUUACUGUAUCUCUUCACAGACAGGUACACACUGAGCUGGGGGGGGGGG